UGUUGUGCAAUUUCGGUCGCCCCAGGUAACACGGAGAGAGAGACAGAGAGAGAGAGAGAGGGGGGGCUUUAGGUGGUGGUUAUGGCCGAUAGCAGAGAGGGCGUGUCACUGCCAUCGGGGCCUGACGCGAAGAAGAGGCGAGUGAGCUACUUCUACGAGCCGAGCAUAGGGGACUACUACUACGGGCAGGGGCAUCCGAUGAAGCCCCACAGGAUCCGGAUGGCCCACAACCUCAUCGUCCACUACGGGCUCCACCGUCGGAUGGAGAUCAACCGGCCAUUCCCGGCGGGGCCUGCCGACAUCAGGCGGUUCCACUCGCUGGAGUACGUGGACUUCCUCGCCUCCGUCACGCCGGAGACCCUCACCGACCCGGUCUUCUCGCGCCACCUCAAGCGCUUCAAUGUCGGCGAGGACUGUCCGGUCUUCGACGGCCUCUUCGGCUUCUGCCAGGCCUCCGCUGGCGGCUCCAUCGGCGCCGCCGUCAAGCUCAACCGCGGUGACGCCGACAUCGCCCUCAACUGGGCCGGCGGCCUCCAUCACGCUAAGAAGGCCGAGGCCUCCGGCUUCUGCUACGUCAACGACAUCGUGCUCGGCAUUCUCGAGCUUCUCAAAGUUCACAGGCGUGUACUCUAUGUAGACAUUGAUGUUCAUCAUGGAGAUGGGGUUGAGGAGGCAUUUUACGCCACUGACAGAGUCAUGACUGUAUCCUUCCAUAAAUUUGGGGAUUUCUUUCCGGGGACCGGGCACAUUAAGGACACAGGGUGGGGGACUGGGAAGCACUAUGCCCUGAAUGUCCCAUUAAAUGAUGGAAUGGAUGACGAGAGUUUCCGUGGUCUGUUUCGGCCCAUCAUUCAAAAAGUCAUGGAGAUCUAUCAGCCGGAUGCGGUUGUUCUUCAAUGCGGAGCAGAUUCGUUGUCUGGUGACAGGUUGGGGUGCUUCAACUUGUCUGUGAAGGGCCAUGCGGAUUGCCUUCGUUUUCUUAGAUCUUUCAAUGCGCCUCUGAUGGUCUUGGGUGGUGGAGGGUAUACAAUCCGCAAUGUUGCCCGUUGCUGGUGCUACGAGACAGCAGUUGCAGUUGGAGUGGAGCCUGAUAAUAAAUUGCCUUACAAUGAAUAUUAUGAGUAUUUUGGCCCAGAUUAUACCCUUCAUGUUGACCCAUGUAACAUGGAGAAUCUAAACUCACCCAAAGAUAUGGAGAAAAUAAGGAAUACGCUGCUAGAGCAACUUUCAAGAUUACCACAUGUGCCUAGCGUGCCUUUUCAGACAACACCACCCACCACACAAGUCCCGGAAGAGGCGGAAGAGCGCAUGGAUCAAAGGCCGAAACCUCGCAUAUGGAAUGGUGAUGAGUAUGACUCUGAUCCUGAUGAAGACGAGAAGCCUCAACAUACUGAGUCAAAUUUGGAAACGAGAGAUGCAGUUGAUGAAAUGGAUGAAGAUAGAAGUGAAGUGCAUCCUCUGUCCUGAUAUUGGAUUAACUUCAUAGCUUCUAUAGUUGUAUCUCAUUUGGACAUUUUAGCUCAGAGCUUAAUUAUAAUCUGGACAUGAAAGCAUUAGAAUAGGCACUUUACUAAUGGUCAAGUCGACAACCCCCUCCUUUCUUCUUUUUGUGUUUUUUCUUUCAAACUUGUUUUUGAUGUUACAAUCCACUAGAAUCAGAGUUAGGUUGAAUACACAGUGCUUGGAUUAGUUGGAUACUUAAUUUGUUCAUAAUCCAUUCUUCUCUUGGAGUGCCUCGAUUCAA